AUGAUCGAUAACCUCGGUCAGGGACUCGAGCAGGUGAUCACUUUCGGCGUGGGCAAUGUGAAGAUGAGUAGCGAUACUCUCACGAGCCUUGAUGACCUGACCCCAGUGGGCGGCGUGGUUGUGCUUGACGUCGAUGUGUGUCAUCUGGCGGAAGAAAUCCUUAUCGCGGAUCAUAGUGGUAUCGAUAUCCUCAAUGGUCGUAAGCUCUCGCUGAUGGACCUCAUGCUGGUUGAUGAAGUUGUCCAGGUUGAAUCUCUCGGCCAGAGCAGCGAUGGUAUCGGGUUCGACGAGUUUGGGUGGAGGGAUUCGAGUCACCGUGGGCUUUUUUGGCCAGGGCACAAAAGUAGUCUUCAUGAUGCCAUUUCCAUUGGUACCGUUGGUACCAUUGGUGUCAUUGGUUUCAUUAGAGCCCUUUUCCGUCAAGGUAAGCUGAGCAGGAGCCUCAACAGCGACAACCAUUUUGGCGGUAUUUGA